CAUGCGCACUCCCAUCUUUCCCUUUACUGCCUCUUAUUCCAGCGCAUGCUCAGUUACACAGCGUCGCUCCGUCGACUCACAGCAUUGUGGGGCGCCAAGAUGGCAGCCGCAACAAUUAUGUCGCUAGUGCGGCAAGGGCAUCGGCAGAUGUCUUGCAUGCCAUGCUUUGGUCAAGUAAGGAGUUAUUAUGUGGACUGGAGGAUGCUCCGUGAUGUCAAGAGGAGAAAAAUGGCCUUUGAGUAUGCAGACCAGAGACUACGGCUGAAUGCCCUUCGGAAAAACAAAAUUUUGCCUAAAGAACUGCAGGAAGUGGCCAGUCAAGAGAUUGCUGCUUUGCCCCGUGACAGCUGCCCUGUGAGGAUACGCAACAGAUGUGUCCUGACGUCCCGUCCACGAGGUGUGGUGUGGCGAUGGAGGCUCAGCCGAAUUGUCUUCCGUCACCUGGCUGACCAUGCCCAGCUCUCUGGAGUACAGAGAGCAAUGUGGUGAGCUGCAAAUAAUUGUUUUCUUUGGAGAAGACAAAACUGAGCCCUAUUUUGAACUCCUGCAAUUGCUAGUCCGAAGCCUGCAAAGAGCAGGAGAGAAGUACAAAUUGGUGCAUAACUGCUGUACUGAAAACAACUUGUUUGAUUUUCUCAAGAACCAACACUUAUCAUAAAGGCAACACAAAAAACAACCCUUGACUUUGUUUCAGUGUCAUGUUGUAAUAUCACAAUGUAUUGCAGGUAAUAUGCUGUAACACAUCUGAAAAAAGAGCAUCACAUGCGUUCAAAUAAACUUGAAUAUUCAGAUAACUGUUGUUGCCACAUCUUUCUGAUUAAGUUGCUAAAUAGACUAUAGCAGUUGAGAUAGUAUAGUGCAGUGAUUCUCAACCUGUGUGUUUUGGCCUUCAACUUCCAGAAAUCCUAACAGCUGGUAAACUGGCUGGGAUUUAUGGGAGUUGUAGGCCAAAACACUUGAGGACCCACAGGUUGAGAACCACUGGUGUAGUGCAAGAAUAGGGACUACAAAUGAAGAAUUAAGUACAGCAGGGGAGUCAAAACCCAACUUCUUAAAAUGUAGAUCACUUCCUGGAUGUUGGAAUCACAAAUAUUUGGCAACAGUAUGCCAUCUAGUGACUGCUUUUGACCAUGAAUCUGUUAGCAAUGGUGUUCAGUAAAUGUACUUCACAAAAAAAACCCAAGAAAAACCAGCUUGCUUUGUUUAGCAAGCCUUGCAAAUGUUGAUUUUGCUUAAUGGCUAUCUUUUCAGUUUCAGAAACACCUCCCUUCACAUCCUGAUUCUAAAAAAAAUUAUGUUGGGUUCAUAAACCAUCCUCAAUUGAAAUUUUAAAAAUGUCAGUCAUCUGCCAUUAAAAGUUCAAGAAGAAUUUGCCUGCAAGCUCUACAGGGAGGGAAGGGUUAAUGCCACCUAUUUAUUUUGGGGAGGAGGACAGGAUAUGGAUUGUGUGUGUGCACCGGAACAAAGGCGACAUGAUAGCCAUAUUUAAAUAUUUGAUAAGAUGCCACACUAAGGAGACAAGCUUGUUUUUUGUUGCCCCAGAGACCAAGACGUGGAGCAAUGGAUUCAUAUUAAAAGAAAAUGGAUUAUACCUAAACAUUAGGACUGUUAGACCUGUUCAACAGUAUAAUAUGCUUCAUCUGGUGGAAUGUUCUUCCCUGGAGGGUUUUAAACAAAGGCUGGAUGGCCAUCUGUCAGGAGGGCUUGGAUUGGGUGUUUCUGCUUGGCAGAAUUGUAAGAAAUAUUAAAAAUUAACUAGGUAUUUUUAAUUACAAAAAUGUGAGUCAAGCACUGAAAGAGUUAAAUAAGCUAGCGUCUCUAAGGAGAGUAGGCCGAAGCCUGUUAGAGUUAAUGGUCCAAAGCUAGUGUCAUCCUGAGGAGUGUGAGGUAAGCCUCAGUGUAAGAAGGCCUAGUGUGAGAAGCUUUGAUGAGAGAAGCCCCGUGUGUGAAGCUCCAGUAUGAAGGCUGCUGUGUGUAAAGCUACUGUGUGAAACUCCUGUGUAAGUUUGUUGUGAGAAGAGGCUCUGCGAGAGCGAAGUUAGAAGCUGUUUAUCUGCAUGAGAAAGAAGCCCAGCGUGGAAACAAAGAAGUAUAAAGAACUUUGUGUUAUGGAAACCUUGUUCUUGUAAUAGUGCAACCGUGUUUUGCUAUAAAGAAAAGCCUCCUAAAGAAGAGAUAACAUUGGUCUGUGUGUUUUUGUUCUUUUUAUUACUUUUGGCUACUGGGGCUGGGUCACGCUGCUGCUAAUAAGUUACUCUGCUAUACAUUUAUAGGGAGGGUCUUUUGUUAAGAAGCCCACUCACCCAACAAGAAUGAGGUUUGACUAGAUGGCCCUUGGUGGUCUCCUCUGACUGCAGUUCUACGAGAUCCUGAUGGGAGGUGGAUCUGGAUAAAUUCCACGCACAUGGCCCACUCAAACCUGGAAGUAUGGACCCUAUUGUGGUUCCGCAAUUCAGGAGGAGAGGAAAGAACUAACAGAAUAUAUUCUAUGUAUUGUCAAAGGCGUUCAUGGCCAGAAUCACUGGGUUGCUGUGAGUCUUUUGGGCUGUAUGCCCAUGUUCCAAAAGCUUUUUCUGACAUUUCUCCCACAUCUGUGGCAGGCAUCCGCAGAGGUUGUGAAGUAUGUUGGAAACUAGGCAAGGGAGGUUUGUAUAUCUGUGUAAGGUUCAGGGUGGGAGAAAGAACUCUUGUCUGUUGGAGGCAGGUAUGGAUGUUGUAAUUAAUCACCUUGAUUAGCAUUUGAUGGCCCUGUGGCCUCAAUGCCUGGCUUCUUCCCGUCUGGGAGAAUCCUUUGUUUGGAGGUGUUAGCUGUCCCUGAUUGUUUCAUGUCUGAAUUUAUCUGUUUUCUGUAUGUCCUUAACUGUUUUGAUUUUAGAGAUUUUUAAUACUGGUAGCCAGAUUUUGUUCAUUUUCAUGGUUUCAUCCUUUCUGUUGAAAUUGUCCACAAGCUUAACUGUGUAGUCCGACGUCAUAGACAAAAUAUAUUCUGUCACUUGAGGCUGCAAACAAGACAUGACAGUGUGGCAUGAAAAACGUUGAAGAUCUACAGUAUGUCCUGCCAUAUUAGCCAAGAUUUUAUUCUUUAUGUAGAAAUGAAUACUGUAAGUAUACCCUUCUCUUUUGGAUGCAAAUUGCCUUUUGUCUUUAAUAAACAGUAAAUUUAUUUGUAUACCAAAUAAUGCUUUUAAAAUAAAUUUUUCUAAUGAGUUA